CUCGAGGGGAGCGAUAGAGAUAUUUUAUCUCCCUCCAUCUUCUUCCUCCUCCUCAAUCCUCACAGUGCUUUCACUUUACACUCACGCAGAAGCAUUGUGAGAAUAAAAAGAAUCAGAGAGAAGACAUGUCUCUAAGACUAAUUAUAUCUUCGGCGAUCCUGUUGGUUCUCGUUGCGGCGGCGACGGCGGAAGAGAUUGGAUUCGAUGAAUCCAAUCCAAUCAGAAUGGUCUUCGAUAGUCUCCGGGAAGUUGAGGAAACGGUCGUCGAGAUACUAGGCCAGUCUCGCCAUGUUCUCUCCUUUUCUCGCUUCGCUCACCGGUAUCGGAAAAGGUAUCAGAGCGCGGAGGAGAUGAAACUCCGGUUCUCGGUUUACAAGGAGAAUCUCGGUUUAAUCAGAUCCACCAAUAAGAAACGCUUACCUUACAAACUCUCUCUUAAUCAAUUUGCUGAUUUGACAUGGCAAGAGUUUCAAAGACAGAGUCUUGGAGCUGCUCAAAACUGUUCUGCCACUUCGAAGGGAAGCCACAAGCUCACUGAAACUCCACUUCCAGAAACAAAAGAUUGGAGAGAAGAUGGUAUUGUUAGCCCUGUCAAAGAGCAAGGACAUUGUGGAUCUUGCUGGACAUUCAGCACGACGGGAGCUCUUGAGGCAGCUUACCAUCAGGCAUUCGGAAAAGGGAUAUCUCUGUCAGAGCAACAGCUUGUGGACUGUGCUGGAAAGUUCAAUAACUUUGGUUGUAAUGGUGGACUUCCUUCACAAGCCUUUGAGUACAUCAAAUACAACGGUGGGAUCGACACAGAGGAUGCUUAUCCUUACGCUGGCAAAGACGGUGGCUGCAAAUUCUCAGCCGAAAACAUCGGUGUACAAGUCCUUGACUCUGUCAACAUCACUCAGGGUGCAGAAGAUGAACUGAAGCACGCGGUUGGGUUAGUAAGGCCAGUGAGUGUUGCCUUUGAGGUUGUACAUGACUUCCGGUUUUACAAGAAGGGUGUUUAUUCUAGCAAUACUUGUGGAAGCACUCCAAUGGAUGUAAACCAUGCUGUGUUAGCAGUUGGUUAUGGAGUUGAAGAUGGAGUCCCGUACUGGCUUAUAAAGAACUCAUGGGGAGGUGAUUGGGGAGAUGAUGGCUACUUCAAGAUAGAAAUGGGGAAGAACAUGUGUGGUGUUGCAACAUGUUCAUCGUACCCGGUUGUGGCGUGAGGGUUUCAAUGUGUGACUAACUUGGUCACAUAGAGCAAAUGGCUUAUUUGAUAUACGAAAUAAUGUUGUGAAAGUAGUUUUUAUAAAUUCAUAUAGUGCUUAGAGUUUUUCGUUAACGCAAAAAUGAGAUUUCAAAAUAAACGUCAGUUGCAGAAGCUCUGCAUUUUGUUAUUUCUUUCUAUAUCUAUACAGACAAUAAUAAUACAAUGCUUGUUCGGUUAAAUCUUAUUUACCUUUUAACUUUAA